AUGUACGCAGUGUGUGUGACCAGUGUACUGGUGGUCAAGGCAGACAUCAAGGCUUAUACCCCUGUGGGACAGCUGUUUGUGUUCGAGCUGCAGAGAGAGACCUUCCAGAAUGAAUUUGAACCCUUCCUGAAACACUAUGGGCGGGUCUACAAUGAUCCCAUGCUGUUUAAGUGCAAUAUGCAGUCCUUCCCGGACCUGCCUGGCUGGCUUCGAUUUACCCAGAGGCACCACUAUGAUAACGGCUUCCUCUACGGCACCCCACUGGCCCAGGGAAAGAGUAUGAUAGAGAUCACAGUGAUUAACAAACGGAGCUAUGACUCAUUCAGAGACAGACUGAUCAUAACGAUUGACCCUCCAGCAAAGAGAAUGCCCUACCAGGCUGAGUUCUUCAUCCCACUGAGGGAGAUUGAGAAGGUGCUGCCCUCUACAGUUCAGGAAGAGAUCAGGCAGGAUAUGAUGAGGAUGUGGAAGACAGACAGGCUGGACUUUGUCAAUAUCACGUCUGCGUUGGACCGAGGUGGCCGUGUCCCUCUGCCUCUGGCUGGACACUACGAAGGGGUGUAUGUGAAGGUGGGUUCAGACCAGUACUUCUCUGAGUGCUUGUUGAGGCUCCAGACUGCUGAACAUAGGAGACAGUGUGAGGCCGGGGGCAGGGCCAAGAUCCCUGGGGACUGCAAGGUCUGCUCCUACCCAGGCAACUGUGUCACCUGGUGCAAGUCCACCCUGAUUGAUCUGUCCAGACCAGUGAUCCCCCCUCCUGCCCCCACCAUGGGCCCAGGUAUCCUGGAUGCUGGGGGGGUCUAUGACCCUCCUGAGUCCCCCCCUCCCAGAGACUUCCUGCCAGACUACAUUGUGACUGUGAUCGUCCCCCUGGCUCUGGCCAUCAUCCUGUGUCUCCUAUUGGCAUACAUCAUGUGCUGCAGACGAGAGGGAGUGUAUAGAAGAGAUGGAAAGACACCAGAUAUCCAGCUCUACCACCACCACACCAUCCAUGGUAACACCAGUGAGCUGCGGAGCAUGGCUGGGUGUCGUGGGGUCCCUCCUCCCCUCUCCACCCUUUCCAUGUUCAACGCUCGCACUAGGGAGACGGCCCCACUGUUCCAGACUGACAGCCCCAGCAUCCCCCUCAUCCUGGCCCAGCAGGAAAUCAACACUGACACACUACCCAGGAAAUGAAGCCAUCCAAACAGGACAUACUGUACUUCCACUGCAUGUAUUAUGGGUUUGCUGCUGGUUUGCUGUAGGAUUUGAGAUGUUUUCUCUUCACAUUAUAAUUUCUUUAUCCUCUUUCUUGAUCACAUUAUACUUCUAUUACAAAUAUUUUGGAGUG